AUGCCGCAAAGUAAUGCACAUGAGAGAUCAGCAGUUGUGUUACCACCAGUUGAGGAUGUGGCUGGAGGAUCACCUGCGUCAGGAGCGGGAGAGAUCAGUUCAAUAAUUUGUAUAAAAAUUAAAAAAGUGCCAAUUGAGAAGUUGCAAGCACCUCAAAUGGCAAGCUCCGGUUUAAAAGUUACGCAUUAUAAGAGCAAGUACUAUUCACCAUGUUACCAAUCACCGAAAACAUAUACAGAAGACUAUUUAAAACUAAACGUUUCCGCAAAAAAAAAUAAUGUUUCUAAACCUGUCAUAGCCUGGCUAGAAGGAAAAGAAUAUUCUUCGCUUGAAAUGACAACUUUGUUCAAGAAUCUCGUUCUGGAGGAUAUUGUGGUGGUGACAAUAAACUAUCGUAUAUCUAUAUUUGGAUUUCUAUGUCUCGGUGUUCCGGAGGCUCCUGGCAAUGCUGGCCUUAAAGAUGUUAUAUUGGCACUACAAUGGAUUGAAGAAAAUAUAAAUAAAUUUGGAGGUGAUCCAAAAAAUGUUAUGCUUCUUGGACAUGGAUCUGGAGCUGCAAUGGUCGACCUGAUCACUAUGUCCCCAUUCUCGGAAGAUUUGGUACAUAAAGCAUUCGUUAUCAGUGGAUCAGCAUUAGCACCUUGGGCUAUAUCUUAUGACCCAAUCGGUUAUGCUAAUAUUGUAGCAGAAAACCUACAAUACUCUGGAAAAUCACCAAUGGAAUUAGCAAUGAAAUUUAAAUCCACUCGUCUUAAUGUAUUGCUAGCUGCUCUUGAGGUUGAAUUUACCAAUAAUACCGCAUUGUUUGCUCCUUGUGUCGAGAACGACAAACUUCAGAAUGUUUUUCUUAACGAUACCCCAAUAAACAUAUUGAAGAAUGGUAGUUUCAACCAUAUACCUUAUGUGGCCGCUUACACCCAGAGAGAGGGAACGAUAAAAGCUAAAGAAUUUCUUAAUUGGCGUCCCAAAAUGGAAUCAGAUUUUACUCAGUUCAUUCCAGGGGAUUUAGAAUUUGGUUCUGAAAUCAACAAGACUAUAGCGAUGAAUAAUAUACGUGAGUUCUAUUUCCACAACACUACCAGUAUUAACAUAACAGAGUAUCUGGACUAUUAUAGAGAUACCUCAGUUAUUGUGCCAUUAAUAAGAGGUGUUACAGCCAGAGCCGAGACAUCGACAGCUAACGUUUAUUUACUCGAGUACGCGUACCAUUGUAUAUCUAACGCUGACUGGCCUUUCAACGAUAUUUCAGUGGUAGAGAAUAGUGUUAAGCAAGGUAGCCGGGAUAAUGUAUUGGAUAAAAAUAUGACAAAGCACGAAGAAGAUGCGAAGAAAUCACUUAUAAAUUACAUCAUAUCGUUCGCAAAAACUGGGUGA